AUGGCCUAUUCAGUCGCCAUCUGCCUGAUCGGGGUCGUCUCCGCCCUUGGCGUAUGCGCCAGUGCACACCGUAAGAAGAAGUGAACCUUCCUCUCUCUCUCUCUCUAGAAUCUGAAGGACAAAUCCUUGCCUUUCAUGUGUACGCAGGAUUCGUAAAGUUCGGGUACAGCGGAACGAUCAGCCCGGAUAAGUGGGGGGAGCUGAGCCCGGACUACUUCCUCUGCUCCAAUGGCACCCGGCAGUCUCCCAUCAACAUCGUCGGGGCCACCGCCGUAGUCGAUCGGAGCUUGAAGCAGCUCGAGAGGGACUACAACCCCGCGAACGCCACCCUCGUCGACAACGGCUUCAACGUCAUGGUACCUUCUUCUCCUCAUUACCGGCGACGCAGAGAUGUGAUAUUUUUGGGUUCUCACGAAGACGACGAUGGCCAUGGCAGCUCAAGUACGGCGACGAAGUGGGCGUCAUGGUUAUCGACGGUAAGAACUACACCCUCGAGCAGAUGCACUGGCACUCGCCCUCCGAGCACACCAUCGACGGAGUCCGGUAAGCCGCCAAAUCGCCGCGGCCCACUCAUUUUCCGGCGAGCUCUUCUCUGACGGGGUUCCGUCUCAAGGUACCCGACGGAGAUGCACCUCGUCCACUUCAGCGCCGACGGAAACAUCAGCGUCGUCGCCGUCCUGUACAAGUACGGCCACGCCGACCCGUUCCUCUACCAGGUCGGAGGCCUAUAUCUCCCUCUCUGAGGAGCCUAUGUGGAGAGAUUAUUAGGGUCACUGAUUAGGGUUUGUGGUGGCGCAGCUGAAGGAGGAGAUGUACCAGAUGUCGAGGGAGGUCAACGGCGGCAAGUAUAACGCGACGGUCACCGCCGGGCUCGUGGAAACGAAGGCCCUGAGGCGCCACACGAACAAGUACUACCGCUACAUGGGCUCCCUCUCGACGCCCCCCUGCACUGAGAACGUCAUCUGGAACGUCCUCGGCAAGGUACCCAUCUCUCUCUCUCUCUCUCUCUCUCUCUCUCUCUCUCUCUCUCUCGCUCUAACAAGGAAAGCUUCGUUGCAGGUGAGGGAGAUCAGCAGGGAGCAGGCGGCGUCACUGAGCUUGCUCCUUGAGGAGGACUACCGGAACAACUCGAGGCCGACUCAGCUUCUGAACGGCCGCCGGGUCCUCCUCUACCACGAGGGCGUCUGA